ACAGCGACAGGCCCGGCCGCCCGGCACGAGCCCCCGCCCGCCCGCACACGGGCCUCGCCGCCGCUGGCUCCGCUUCCCGCCGGUCCGCACCAUGAAGUGGAUGUUCAAGGAGGACCACGCGCUGGAGCACAGAUGUGUCGAGUCGGCAAAAAUCCGAGCCAAAUACCCUGACCGUGUCCCGGUCAUAGUGGAGAAGGUCUCCGGAUCUCAGAUUGUUGAUAUUGACAAGAGGAAGUACUUAGUCCCAUCUGACAUCACCGUGGCCCAGUUCAUGUGGAUCAUCAGGAAGAGGAUUCAACUGCCAUCUGAGAAAGCAAUAUUCCUCUUUGUAGACAAGACUGUCCCACAAUCCAGCUUAACUAUGGGACAACUUUAUGAGAAGGAAAAGGAUGAGGAUGGAUUCUUGUAUGUUGCCUACAGUGGAGAGAACACAUUUGGUUUCUGAAUGGUGGGUCUUGGCUACUAUACCAUCCUGCUGUGUAUCUUGUAAAUAGCUGAUCAUUUUCUGUUCUGACAUCCACAGAAGUUCCUUCUAUACACAUGCAUUUGUAACUGGAUUUAUUUCUUAAUAUAUUGAUAGGUCUUAUUAUAUUAGACUGUUAAAUUAUAAAAAAAAAAGUUUUGUUGUUUUUGUGCAUUUUUUUUCUCAUGGCUAUGAAUUCCCAGAGCCUCACUCCUUUGGGGGAUACACAUUUGAUGACAUUGAUUAAAUAAUAAAGCAAAGUAGUUGGGCUACUAAAACAUGAAAAGAAGAAUACGCAUUUAUUCUGUUUUGAGGUGUUAGUUUAAGAAAAAUAAAAACAUUAAAUUAGUAUUGGGAACACUGGAUUUGCUAGCUUAUCCUAAGCAGGAGCAAGAUGCUGAUCAUGUUGAAUUGAGCUAAUAUGUUCCUCUUUCUCAAUUAACAAACAAGUACAAUAAAAAUUCCUGU